CAAACGAAUUCUAUGCGUAACUCUGCUUACCCCUUAUACAAUUCUCUAUGUAUACUACUCCAGUAGAAUCAGAAUCACUUUAGUGCUAUAAAUAUCAAUAUCUUAAUCAAAUUUAAACCAUCUUGUGAAGUUCGUGAAGCAUACGGAAAACAUGUCGCGAGACUUUCUGAAAACGCUGAUGAAUUGUUCGGAAAAAGCUGCGAAUAUUGCGCGGAAAUGUAGAGCUGAUGAACACUUACUUGCGCUAUUGGUCGAGGAGAAGUCCGCGGACGAAGCAAAUCCGCGAUUCAUAAAGGACUUUAAAACACUUGCUGACGUCCUUAUUCAAGAGACCAUUCGGUAUGAGGUCGGGAAGUUGUUUCCGGAAAUGGUUGGUAACAUCAAUGGGGAGGAAUCAGCUACGUUUACAAACACUUUGGGCGAAAGCGUAACCAUAGCAAUUGGAGAGAAUGCACAAGAAACAGCUGCUUGUUUGGAAAAGGUACUGAAUCAAAACAAGCUGGCGGCUGAACUAUUAGCAGAAGAAGUUCAUAGAGAGGUAGAAUAUAUUGGAUCUGGGCCAACAAUGCCAAUGGCACCUAGUGACUUAAACUACAACAAAAUUGGAAUUUGGAUUGAUCCCAUCGAUGCUACCGCAGAAUAUAUAGCUGGCGAAACAGUAUUUACGAAUUUCCCAGGAAUAACAUCAACUGGUUUGGAUUGCGUUACGAUCCUCCUAGGGGUGUUUAGUAUUCAGAAUGGAUACCCUCUAGCUGGCAUAAUUAACCAACCAUUUGGCGAAAAAAUAGGAGAAAAUAAGUAUGCCAGCAAAGUAUAUUGGGGUGUUUCUUUGGGUAGUUUUUCGGCGAACAAUAUUCCCCCACCAGCUCCUUUGCCGAAAAAGAUCGCCGUGCUCUCCGGAUCUGAGAACCCUGAAGUAGUUGAAAGGAUCAAAAGCUUAGGCUACGAAAUUGCGGUUACUGCAGGAGCUGGCCAUAAAGCUUUGAAGGUCAUUUUAGGCGAAGCUAAUUUAUAUUUAUUAUCCAAAUCUAGUACAUUUAAAUGGGACACUUGUGCUCCACAAGCAAUACUACAAUCGCUCGGUGCUGGUAUUUUUGAUUUUAAGAAAAGUAUAAAGACUGAGCGACUUCAGCCAAUAAUGUAUGAUCAAAAAGCAAUUCGCUGCAAUUUAGGAGGGUUGGUAGCUGUGCGGGAUUUAAAACUUGGUAUGGAAGUUUUGAAAGUUCUUGCAGCGGAUUAAGGUAAAUAAAUAAGCAUUGGACAUGCAUACACUUUUUGGGUUUUAAACAUAUCAUACGCUUGUGCAAAGCUAGACACUUAAUGUAGAAUCGCUAUAGUCACAAAAUAAAGAUUAUGUUUGAUUAGGACUGUUUUGUUAGUUGUGCAUACUAGAACGCUUCUGAGAAAUCUAAUAAGGACAUAGAUUUUAUGUUUGUUUAAAUUGGAACAUCUGCCUCGUAAAAUACUGUAAAAAUACAUUAUGGUUGUGUAUGUACUUCUUUUCUCGACUAUUGAACACAUAUUAAACCAUAUUCCAUAGUCAUAAUCUAAUUGCAAACACAAAUGUUUAGAGCUUAAAAGUAUGUCGUUGUCGGUAUUUGUAGUCAACCAAGGAGUAAUAUUUUAUGUAGACUCUAGAAAAAUGCAAUAUGUAGACAAAGAAACCUUAAUGUGAAGUGUUAUCGUAGAUGUUGAAACCAGUCUAGAAAAAGUCAGUCAUUUCAUAAAACUAUUAUAAUGACCGUAAUUUUGGAUUCGUUUUUGAAUUUUGGAAGAACCUUAGGCACAGUUUUAAAACGUAGAUAGACACAACUUUAGCAACAACAAAGAAACACACGAAAAUAUUAUUUUGUGUGUAACGGCCUAUGUAGAAAGGAUUAAUGAUGUCUUCCUUUCAUCUGACUUUGUGACUAGAAGCAUUCAAGCGUUUUUGUGAAAUACCAUAUGAUUAGAGAUAAGACAGAUGCAGACAACAUAUAUUACAAGUUCUCUUUGUCGGUGACACUUUUAGAGAUAUUUCAGAAUUUGGAGCAGUCUUGCUAUGCUAAUACUAUUCUAGAUUUUAGUUUCGAUGCACAGCUGUAUCGCGAACAAAACAAUCUAAACCCACUUUGAGUACAAAUGUUGUUUCCUUUGUUUUCGCUCUGGAGCAAGCGUAAUUAUGCUAUGAUAUCGUAGGAAAGGCUGUGUGGUUUUUUAGCUAGUUGUAGGGUUCAAUCAUCAAAAACAGUGUGAAAUCACUAAGGGCGGAUCUAUAAUCUUGCGUUAGAAUUAAUGGAUAAAGUUGGGAAAUGAAAAAAACAUUUCCCAGAUUGAGUAAUGAAAUUUCACAAUUAUAGGCCGAGUUCUAUUCAUUCAUUCUACUCUCAUCGUUCUGCAAUCUGAAAGUGGACAAGUCUGAAAAAUAUAUCAUUUCUUCAUGCAGAAAUAAAACGGGUCAGACGUACUUAAUUUAAAAAACUUGAAUGUCAAUGAUAUGUUGUGAAAAAGAGAAUGAGGUUAAGGGCUCUGAAGACGGCAGGUUUCCUAUAUAGUUUCGGGGUAAUUUCCAUCGAAACAUCUGGUUAAAACAAUCUAAAAGUUCUAAAAAUCCACCUUAAAGUAAUCUAAAGACAUUUCUUAAAAUUUGCUGUUCUUAGAUACUCAUAGUCUAGUGGUAGUAUUAUUAAGUAAAUGUUGAAUGUGAUCAAAGUAUUUAUUAAAUGUUAUAAAUGUAUAGACAAAAUAUCUAAACUCACAGUAGAACAAACCAAUAAAACUAUCCCGUUUAAAAUAGUACUUUCAGCAAUCAAAUAGUAUGUGUGAGAUCCAUCGAAUACAACACAGGGAAGAAAACAAGAUAAAAAAAAACAUAAUGUCAAUUCAAUCUAAAACAAAAUAAAACCGUUAACAAGUGUUCAGACUUUAUUGUAAUUUGGAAGUUAUAUUUGAUGAAAUAAAUAGAAUCGGACAACUGUAUGUUGUGUUAGAGCA